AUGACGAUGAAGAUGAAGAAGAGGGUGACAACGAGCAAUGAAACCAAGGAGGUACAGAAAUACUGUAAACCAAAGGUGAUCUGGUCUGGGAAAUUUGAAAAGUACACAAAGAUUCCAUCUUUUGAUUCAUUGGAGUAGAACCCUGAUGCUAGGUAGUUGCAUAUAUGUGCAAAUGAGACUAUUCAUGGUGUUGAGUUUAAGGAUUACCCAACACCCAAAAAUGCAAGUGGCAUUUUGGUUGCUGAUAUGUCUUCAAAUUUUUGUUCCAAGCCUGUUGAUGUGUCCAAAUUUGGGGUGAUCUAUGCUGGGGUUCAGAAGAAUGUGGGGCCCUCUGGUGUAACCAUUGUGAUAAUCAGAAAGGAUUUGAUUGGGAAUGCUCAGCCAAUGACUCCUAUGAUGCUUGAUUUUAAGAUACAUGAUGAGAACAAUUCACUUUACAAUACCCUUCCUUGUUAUUGUAUUUACAUGUGUGGUUUGGUGUUUGAGGACCUUUUGGAACAAGGUGGUUUGAAGAAGGUUGAGAAGAAGAACAAGAAGAAAGCUGAGAUUCUCUACAAUGCCAUUGAUGAAAGCAAUGGCUUUUUUAGAUGCCCGGUUGAAAAGUCAUUGAGGUCUUUGAUGAAUGUGCCAUUUACUUUGGUGAAACUAGAAUUGGAGGCUGAGUUCAUUAAGGAGGCUGCUAAGGAAAAGAUAGUUCAGCUUAAGGGACAUAGGUCGGUGGGAGGUAUGAGAGCUUCCAUUUACAAUGAUAUGCCUUUGGGUGGGGUUGAGAAGUUGGUGGCUUUCAUGAAGGAUUUCCAGGCCAAGCAUGCUUAG